GUGGUUCUAACGAUGACUUGAAAGUGAACGCUGACGAUUAUGUGGUUUUAAUAGCUCUAAAUGAUUUUAUAGAUAGUUAUCAAACAAAUGAGACAAUUCAAGAUGAUAGAAUAUAUAAAUCUGAUGGAGAAGAUUACGAAAAAGGCAUUCCUGAGCAUCUUAUGGAUGGAUAA